AAAUUGACCCGACAUCGACCUAACUCUCAUUGCAUCACUCCACCACCACUACCCUCUCCAACCCACGCGAUCAGCAGCGCAACCUAGCCGGUAUUUUUUUCUUACUUGCCGGCUUCUACGCCUACAUAAUUCCCUCGUAUCUACAACCGAAUAGCCACAUCCAAACAUGGCUGACGCGCCAAAUGCGAAUGAUGAGCUUUACCCCAUCGCCGUACUCAUCGAUGAACUAAAGCACGACGAUGUCCUUCUACGAUUGAACGCCAUUCAUCGUCUCUCGACAAUUGCGCUUGCUCUAGGUGCAGAGCGCACUCGUGAUGAACUCAUUCCCUUUUUAGACGAGUCUGUCGAAGAUGAGGACGAAGUUCUCGUAGCCCUCAGUGAAGAGCUGGGCAGCUUCAUCGAAUACGUCGGUGGCCCUCAGUAUGGCCACGUACUCCUCUCCCCCCUCGAGAACCUCGCAGCCAUCGAAGAGCCCGUUGUUCGGGAUAAGGCUGUCGAGUCCCUCAACAAGAUCUGCAACGACCUAUCGCCCCAGCAGGUUGAAGAAUACUUCAUCCCCUUAACCAUCCGCCUCGCCAAGGCCGACUGGUUUACCUCUAAAGUGUCCGGAUGUGGUCUUUUCACCACACCUUACAAGAAGGUCUCCCCUCCUGUCCAGGAGCAACUUCGCCAACAAUUCGGCCUCCUAGUACACGACGAGACACCUAUGGUGCGAAGACAAUCUGCCACUAACAUGGCCAAAUUUGUGAAGGAGAUGCCCGCGGCUAUCGUCGUCGACGAAAUGAUACCCCUCUUCCAACACCUUGCACAGGAUGAUCAGGAUAGUGUCCGAUUACUGACGGUGGAAAUACUCAUUUCGAUUGCCGAGGUCGUGCCCAAAGAACAACAAGGCAGCCACGGCGUCUUGCUCACGUCGUUACGUAACUUGAUAGAGGACAAGAGCUGGAGAGUCCGAUAUAUGAUUGCCGAUAGAUUUGAGAAGAUUGCGAAGGCCGUAGAUGAAGAAGUCGUCACCCGAGACCUGGUCCCAUCGUUUGUCAAACUAUUGAAGGACAAUGAAGCUGAAGUCCGAACCGCCAUCGCUGGCCAGAUUCCCGGUUUCUGCAAUUUGGUCGAUAGGACAACUCUGCUUAACGAAAUCAUGAGUUCCAUCGAAGAUCUUGUAUCCGACACGUCUCAGCACGUCCGAGCUGCCCUCGGUACUCAGAUUAGUGGGCUAGCACCUAUUCUUGGCAAGCAAGAGACUAUCGAUCACCUUCUUCCGAUGUUCUUGCAGAUGCUAAAGGACGAGUUCCCCGAAGUGCGCCUCCACAUCAUAUCCAAGCUUGAGCUCGUCAACCAAGUCAUUGGCAUUGAUCUGCUUUCCCAAUCUCUCCUACCAGCUAUUGUGCAACUCGCGGAAGACAAGCAAUGGAGAGUCCGACUCGCUAUCAUCGAGUAUAUCCCUCUUCUCGCAAGCCAGCUCGGCGUCAAGUUCUUCGAUGAGAAAUUGAGUUCGUUGUGUAUGGGUUGGCUUGGAGAUACCGUUUUCUCUAUCCGUGAGGCUGCGACCCAUAACCUGAAGAAGCUUACCGAGGUCUUUGGCGUUGAGUGGGCCAGCGAAGCAAUAAUUCCCAAGGUGAUGGCUAUGGGCUCUCACCCGAAUUACCUAUACCGAAUGACGACUUGCUUCGCAAUUACGACUUUGGCUACUGUUGUCAGUUUGGAUGUCAUCGGAAAAUCGAUUCUCCCUAUGCUGGAGAAGCUAGUCGAAGAUGCUAUUCCCAACAUCCGCUUCAACGUGGCAAAGACGUACGCCGUGCUUAUCGACGUUCUAAAGCGACUUCCGGAGGAGGGUACGAUCUACAGCUUGGAAAAGGCCGGAACUCCGACAACGUCCACGACACCUUCGCCUCGCGCGACCGAGCUCAUCCAACAGCGGAUCCUCCCGAGUUUAGAAAAGUUGCAGAAGGACGAUGAUGUGGAUGUGCGCUACUUCGCGACGAUGGCAGUGGCAGUGAUUCCCGGGAUGGGUGGAGAGCCUAUGAACACGUCGCCGUAGAUGAGAGACUUAAAGAGAACUCCUCCCAAACGUGCGGCCACGUCCUAGAGUGUCAUAGUUACACGCUCUCGCGAGAUAGUCAUCCCGAAUUUGUCCAGCACACUAGUUCGUACAAAA